CCACCCUAAAUAGGGGUUUUUGGUUUCUUUUGUACAAGAUGGCGGCUCCCAUUCGAUUUGAUGGUCGUGUAGUUUUGGUAACUGGUGCAGGAGGGGGGUUAGGGAAGCAGUAUGCGUUAGCUUUUGCAGCAAGAGGAGCGUCAGUUGUCGUCAAUGACUUAGGUGGAGACCCGAAAGGCGAGGGGAAGAGCAGUCGCGCUGCAGAUCUAGUUGUCGAAGAAAUCCGAUCCAAGGGAGGGAAGGCAGUAGCUGAUUACAAUUCCGUCGAGGAUGGCGAAAAAGUCGUUCAGACGGCGCUUGAUGCUUUUGGACGGAUAGAUAUCGUGAUUAACAAUGCUGGCAUACUGCGGGAUAAGUCGUUUGCCAGGAUUAGUGACCUGGAUUGGGAUUUAAUACAAAGAGUUCACCUUCGUGGAUCGUUCCUAGUGACAAGAGCAGCUUGGCCUCAUAUGAAGAAGCAAAAAUUCGGCCGCAUUAUCAUGACCACGUCAACUUCUGGCUUAUUCGGGAACUUUGGCCAAGCCAACUACAGUGCAGCAAAGAUGGGGCUUGUUGGUCUCAGCAACACUCUGUCGCUAGAGGGCACAAAGUACAACAUUUAUUGCAAUGCUAUUGCACCUAUUGCAGGAUCAAGGCUAACUCAAGGGCUAAUGACACCAGAAAUGCUAGAGGAGUUAAAGCCAGAGUAUAUAGUGCCAUUGGUUAUGUAUCUUUGCAGUGAGAACUGUGAAGAAAAUGGGGCUGUGUUUCAAAGUGCAGCAGGGUGGCACUCAAAAUUGAGAUGGCAAAGAAGCAAGGGUAAGCUGUUACACAGAAAAGGUAUAGAAGUGACCCCGGAGAUGAUAAGAGAUAACUGGGAUAAUAUAACUGAUUGGUCUGGAGCAGAAUACCCAUCUCCUCAAGAUGCACAAACAGUUCUAAUGCAAAUUAUAGAAGACAAGAAUUCUGGUAGUGAAGACACUAGUGGUGAUAGUAAAGAGUUCUCCUUCUCCUACACGCACCGUGACAUCAUACUCUAUGCUUUGGGAGUAGGUGUUUCUGCCAAAGAUGAUUACUCACAUUUGAAGUUCUUGUACGAAGGCCAUGAGGAUUUUUCUGUUCUGCCAACUUUUGGAGUGAUCACUUCACAGGGUGGGAUGUCAGAAAUCUUUGCAAAAGGUGAAUUAGGAGGAAUCAAGUUUGACCUGUCGAGA